AUGGCCAGCACAGUCACCAAGGAGAUUUCCUAUGAUGAACUGAAAGCUCUUGUUGGUAAGAGUCCUGCUUUGGUCCUGGUUGACGUAAGAAGAAAAGAUGAAUAUGAUAAUGGACACAUCCCCGGAUCACUGCACAUCCCAGUGGACACUGUGGAGGCAGCUUUGUCAAUGUCACCAGAGGAAUUCAAAGCUAAGUAUGGAGUAACCAAGCCACAGACAGAUGCCCCGGAGUUGGUCUUUCACUGCCAAGUUGGAAAAAGAGGUGGAAUAGCCACUAACAAGGCCUAUGAAAUGGGCUAUGUAAAUGCACGCAACUACCUCGGGGCAUACAGAGAGUGGUCUGAAAAAGAAGGAAAGUGA